AUGUCGACCGCGAUUCGCACGCCGCUGAAGGAAGCACGGGAAGCUUUUCUCUGCGGCGGAAAGCCAACCGUGUCGCCUUACUGUUCCCUGAUUGCCUUUCUGGCGUUGGAGUGCGAGGAGGACGAAGGACGGACACGUGGUUGGAUGGAUGUUUCUGCUUACCUUGGAACCGAGACCGAGACGAUCCCAAAGCGGUGCCGAAUGGACGAGACUGUGGUCAACUCUACCCACUCGGAUGGGCAGACGGCGCAGAAACCGACACCGAAGCUUGGUGCGCAAGCUCUGCAGCAGAUACCUCGCACGAGUGGCCGCAACCGAUCCUGUGUCUUCCCGAUAGAGCCCUUGCUUCGGCUCUUCCGCGCCUUCGUUGCCAGCUCUCCCUUAAAGAGGAGGAAGCAAAUGGCAGCAAUCGACACCGUUACGAGAAGCAGUCGAAUGCCAGGAGAGUGA